AUGUUCGCUAGUAGCUUGCCGUGUUCGAACUAUACUAAAGCACAAAAGCCAUCGAAGGAAUUGACCGACUUGCUACACAAGGUUUGUGGAGACGACUUUGCUGUUGAAGACGGAGUAUGUUGUACAAUACAACAAGCUGAGAAUUUAGAAUCAAACUUGAAGCGAGUGGUUCCCUUGAUCAGCUCGUGUCCUGCGUGUCAUAGGAACUUUUUCGACUUCUUUUGUAAGUUUACCUGUUCGCCCAAUCAGGCUUCGUUUAUCGACGUUGUGGGGACUGCUGAGUCCAUUGAUACCAAGCAACAAAUAGUUACGGAAUUAAACCAAUAUGUUUCUGAAGACACAGCGCAGGCCUUCUAUGAUUCAUGUAAGGAGAUCAAGUUCCUGGCAACAAAUGGAUAUGCUAUGGACCUUAUAGGAGGUGGAGCAAAGAACUAUGAAGAGUUCUUGAAGUUUAUCGGAGAUAAGAAACCGCUACUUGGCGGUUCACCCUUUCAAAUUAACUUUAGGUAUAAUUUGACCUCAGAAGAAGCUGAUGAAGGUUUAUCAUUGCGUGAAGAUUCAAUGAAACCUUGUAAUGAUCCAGAUUAUAAAUGUGCUUGUAGUGAUUGUGAAAGCUCAUGUCCCCAAUUGCCUGGGUUCAAGAAUUUUCAUCAGAAAUGUACUGUUGGAGCAAUUCCCUGUUUUUCCUUCUUUAUCUUGAUGUUAUGGUUGUGUUUUAUAGUUUUACUUGGAGGUUUCCAUAUAUAUAUGGCUCAACAACGCAAAGAGUAUGAUCGGUUGAAUUCCAUUGGUGGGUUUGAUGACGAUGAGUCUGUCAUUAUGAACCCCAGAAGAUAUAGCUAUGUUUUGUUACCGAAGAAGAACCUGGUCAAAGAAAAGUUGACUGAAAUCCAAAGGAAUUUGAUAAUUAAAAUUGAAACCUUCUUUGGUAAAGUUGGUUAUAAUUGUGCCAUGGCCCCAAGACUCACUCUUUUGACUUCCCUUGGAAUAACCUUGAUACUUUCUUUGGGGUUAAUGAGUUUAAAUUUUGAAACCAAUCCUGUUGGAUUAUGGGUUAGUCCCAAUGAAAAGGCAUUACAUGAGAAACAAUAUUUUGAAGAGAACUUUGGAGAAUGGUAUAGAAUUGAACAAUUGAUUGUCAGUACAAAGAACGAUACUCCUGUUUUAACUUGGGAUACACUUCAAUGGUGGUUUGCUAAAGAAUUGGAGCUUAAUGAACUUAAUGGUGUUGCAUUAGAUGAUUUAUGUUUCAAACCUUUAGGAGAUACUUGUGCUAUUGAAUCAUUUACUCAAUAUUUUGAUGGAAAUAUCGAUUAUCUUUCUGAAGCCAAUUGGAAACAAAAAUUAGUUGGAUGUACCAGUUCUCCAGUUACUUGUUUGCCCAGUUUCCAACAGCCUCUUCCCAAGAACUUAUUGUUUGACCGAGACAAUGUCUUGGAUGCCAGAGCUUUUAUUGUUACAGUUUUGGUUAACAGCUACUCAGAUGAUGUGGAUUAUACGAAUUCAGCCGUAAAUUACGAACACGGUUUUAUUGCUUGGGUCAGAAAUAUCAGAACAGAAAUGCCUCAUUUGAAUAUUGCCUUUAGUGCAGAAGUUUCUCUUGAAGAAGAAUUGAGUCAACUGGCAAACUCAGACGUUCGUAUUAUAAUUGUGUCGUAUUUGUUCAUGUUCAUUUAUGCUUCAAUUGCAUUAGGUGGGAAAUUACCUACAAGUUUGGAAACGUUACGUCUGAGUCGAUUUGUUCUUGGAUUAGCAGGGAUCUUUAUUAUUAUCUUGUCAGUAUCUGCAUCUGCAGGUUUCUUUGCGAUAAUUGGAUUGAAAUCAACUUUAAUUAUUGCAGAGGUUAUCCCCUUCUUAGUGCUUGCUAUUGGUAUUGAUAAUGUGUUUCUUAUCGUUCAUGAAUUAAAGCUUGUAACUCUAUUAAUUCCCAAUGACCCAAUACCACAUAGAAUUUAUUCCACAUUAAGUAAUGUGGGUCCAUCGUGUUUCCUUAGUGCCAUUUUGCAAGUGCUUAUGUUUUUAUUGGCAACCAGUGUUCAAAUGCCAGCUGUUAAGAACUUUGCAUAUUACAGUGCUGGUGCUGUAUUUGUUAACUUCUUGUUACAAAUGACGGCCUUUAUUUCUCUCUUAAGUUUGGAUACAUAUAGAUUGGAAAAUGGAAGUUUCUCAUUGUUUGGUGAAAGAAGAAUUGCUCUAACAGAGGACUCGGAAUCAUCUGAGUCGCCAUCGGCUUCUGCAUCGACUUCAGCUUCACCAUCAGCUAGUGGAUCGGCUUCAGCUUCGGCAUCGGCUUCAGCUUCGGCAUCGGCUUCAGCUUCGGGUUCGGUUUUCGAAUCAUACAUUAACGGAACUUCACAGCUCAAUGAACAACACCAAGAAAUUUGCAAGACUUCUCGUAAAGGAUUUGUUCAAAAGUUCAUUGCUACAACAUAUGGGCCUUGGUUAUUAAAAAGUAGUAACAGAAAGAAAAUUCUUACAUUCUUUGUCAUGUGGCUUGGAAUAUCGCUUGCACUUUUACCUCAAAUUGAACUCGGAUUAGAUCAACGUCUUGCAGUGCCCAAUGGAUCUUAUUUGAUCAAUUAUUUCAAUUCUGUUUACGAAUAUUUGAACGUGGGACCUCCAGUGUUCUUUGUUGUUCGAGAUUUCAACGUAACCGACAGAUCAAAUCAACAGAUGCUUUGUGGGAAGUUCCCUAGCUGUGAAGAGUUCUCGCUUUCUAAUAUACUUCAGGAAGAAUAUGAACGUCUGGAACAAUCAUUUAUUUCCCAACCUAUUUCCAAUUGGCUUGAUGAUUUCUUAAACUAUUUGAAUCCUGAUUUGGAUGAAUGUUGUCGAGUUAAGAAACUUGCUCAAGACGAAUUUUGUCUUCCUCAUCUGCCUUCAAGACAAUGUCAAGCAUGCUUUGCUGAUAAGCCAUUUGAUACUUCCAAAAUGGAAGGGUUCCCUCAGGGUAAAGAGUUUAUGAACUAUUUUAAGCAUUGGAUCACAGAACCAAGUGACCCUUGUCCAUUGGGAGGGAAAGCACCAUACUCUUCCAGUAUUCAAUACAAUGAUACAACCAUUGAAACGUCAUAUUUCCGUUCAGCCCAUGUUCCACUUCGAUCUCAAAAUGAUUUUAUUGUUGCUCUAAAGAAUGCCAAGCGGAUCAUCAAAGAAAUCAAGGAAUACUUACCCCAAUUGGAGAUCUUUGCAUUUUCACCAUUCUACGUUUUUUUUGUUCAAUACGAAAACAUCUUAAGCUUGUUGUUCACUCUUAUGGGUGCAGCCAUAGUGGUGAUUUGGUUAGUUAGUGCUUUACUUUUGGGAACUUACAUUAAUGCUUCAAUAUUGGUGAUAACCGUGAUAUCCAUAUUGGUAGAUAUAGCAGGCAUCAUGGCAGUUUGGAACAUCUCUUUGAAUGCUGUUAGUCUUGUUAACUUGGUGAUAUGCACUGGCUUAGCAGUUGAAUUCACCAUUCAUAUAACUAAACUGUACACUCGAAGCCAUUUGUCUUUCAGUGAUACCAAUGAGGAAGUCAUGUAUGAGAAUUUUAUGCAUGGAACAGGAACCAAUGUUCGGGUGAUUAAACUGUAUAAUUCACUCAUUACAACAGGUGGAACAGUUUUCACCGGAAUAACAUUAACAAAAUUAAUUGGUAUAAGUGUUUUAGCAUUCACCAGGCUGCAAAUAUUUGAAGUCUAUUAUUUUCGGAUGUGGCUACUGUUGAUUGUCAUUGCUGCUUUACAUGCAUUGAUAUUAUUGCCUGUUCUUUUAGCUGAAUUUGGUACGACUACAACCAUUAUUAAAGAUAGAGAUGAAUUGGAAAGAAACUUGAACAGCACUAGUGAAAAUGCAGUGCAAUCUCUAAGACGAUAUGCAGACGAUGAUUAA